UCGCGCGCGAACGAGAGAGAGAGAGAGAGGAAUCACUUAUAUCAUCAUUGCAAUGCAAUGCAAUGCAUUCCUCGCUCGCUCACACCACAACACAACCAAUUCCAUCUUCAUUCUCUCUCUCUCUCUCUCUCUCUCUCUCUCUCAACACAACCAAUUCUACUUUUCCGAAAACAUCGUUUGAUUAUGGAGGACAGUUCUUAUGAUGCUGAUUGUGAUUUCGUUGCUGCUGCUCAAGAUUUGGAAGAGGACGACGCCCAUGUCGACGAGGGCAUAAGCUUAGGGGCUCCUGAGAAGUUUAAUGUAGGUCGAUUCUAUGAAAUUGACCAUUCCAACCUUCCACCUGAUUGUCCUGUUGAAGUAAAAUGUGUGAACAUUGUAAUGGUCAGUGGCACAGGGGAGGGACAAGUAUAUCUGAGGUAUCCAAGCCUCGACUCUCUUUGCACGCACUUCAACGACCAAAGCUUUUGGAAGAAAAUCCCUGAACUUGAUGAGAAGUAUGUGAUCAGAGUCGAAUUCGCCAUCAAAACACUUUGCAGGAGCAUCACAUACGAGGAAUUUACUCAAAGAAGAAACUCAUGGAGCUUCUGGGCCUCUCCUACUAAAGAAAACUUUCAAAACCAUGACAGUCCAGUUCCAGUUAUCAAUGAUGCAGCUACUAGUUUGGUUUCCAAGCAGGGUUCAUGUUGGUCUGAACUCAAGUUCACGGUGGGUAUGGUGCAGUGGGGCCAACGCCGGCAAGUUCGGUUCUUUGGCCGUUGUGAGGAGAAAAAGGUUGAAUCUUUGCGUAAACUUCAUAAGGAAAAAGGAGUUACUUUUGCACCCAGGGAAUGGACUAAUAAGAAGAAAAGAACGAUUGUUGAAGAAGAAAUGGAGGCUGUAAAGGUGGCUCCUUUUGGAGUACCGAGGAUGACUCGUGAAUGCAAGAAAAAACAAGGUGUGAGUUGUAGCAGUGGGGCUAAAAAGUCUACAAAAGCAGUAAACAACACCAAGGAGCAACAACUCGUCGUUUAUGGCAAAAAGAAGCGAAAAAUAUCUAUUGACAGAUGGUCUGCUGAGAGGUAUAAGCUGGCCGAGGAGAGCAUAUUGAAUGUUUUGAAGGAAAAAGAAGCCGUGUAUGGAAAUCCAAUAAUGAGGCCAGACUUGAGAUCAGAAGCACGAAAGUAUAUCGGUGACACAGGUUUACUUGAUCAUUUGCUGAAGCACAUGGCUGGAAAAGUGGCACCUGGAGGAGUUGAAAGAUUUAGAAGGCGGCACAAUGCGGAAGGCUUAAUGGAGUACUGGUUAGAGAGUGCUGAUCUUGCUGAUAUAAGAAAGGAAAUAGGUGUCCAAGACCCUUACUGGACUCCUCCCCCUGGAUGGAAGCCUGGCGACAGCAUUUCACCAGAUCAUGUUACUAGUAAUGAAAUCAGAAAGAUAAAGGAGGAAAUAAAUAAGCUGAAACGAGAUAUGCAGGUGCUUGCAUCAAAGAAAGAAAAGGAAGCAUUGGUCACUGUGGCUACUCCUAGUUCUUGUUUGUCAAGUUUGAAUUGUAAGGACUAUGGUUCUCAGGUUUCUAAGCAGGAGAUUUAUGUGGAGCUGGUUCAUAAAAAGGCUAAAAUUGAAGAACAACUACGAGAAAUUUCUCUGGCUUUGAAUGGCAUGGAGGAUCAACUGCGAAAGCUGAAUGAACCAAUAAUGUCAGAAUCAUUGACACCACAAACGUUAUUGCUAGGACCAACAUCAAUGACGGAAAACAUUGUGGAGAAGACAAGGGAGAAGAAAAAUUGGAACAAUUACAAAGAAACAAAAUCAGCAGACACACAAAUGCUAGGAAGUAGAGCAGUAGAGGACAGGGCAACAAAGAUAACAAGACUGAAAAGUGGUUUCCAAAUUUGCAAACCAAGAGGGACCUUUAAGUGGCCAAAUAUGAGUAUGUCUCCACGUGUUGUGGCCAACCUUGAUGAACACACUUUGGUCCUAACCCCAGGCUCAGCUUCCUCUUCUACCACCGCACCUCCCAAGCUUAUCUCCAAAUCUCAUACUCCUAACUUGCCAUUGUCCCUACCAUGCCCUUAUUCUCCUGUUAAGCCACUGGCAGAGAGGCGCGCUGUGAGCAAUACUACUUUGGCAUGUGUCACAGGACCAUUUUCCCCUCCAUUAGAAACCCCAAAAUCCACAAACACUACUACCAUCACAAAAAGCAGUUCUUCUAUUAACCUUAAUGAGACUCCUCUGGACCAGGAGUGAUGCUGGCAAAGUCCUGCAAGUGCUACAUGCAUAUAUAGUUAUAUAUAGUUAUAUAGUAUAUUUGAAAGAAACCACACAAUUUUGAGACUCUUGGUAAUAGUAGAUUAAAGCCAAUUCUACAGUAUAGGCAGUAAUAUAGUGUGGUAUAUUUUGUUUGCUGGUUUGUCAUUUGAUAACUAUUGUUAGAUAUUACAUUUAUGUGCAAUUGAAAUUGCAAUUGAAAAUUUAAAAUGAAACCAGUAUUACUAGUUACAUAUCUGCAUAUGAACUUUAAGCAACAUAAUUUGUAUACUUAUUCUACCCUUGCUGAUUAUUUUUAUAGAAAUAAUUUUUAAUUAAA